AUGAUGCCAAGCCAAACUAAAGGACAAAAGCAAAAACAAAGUAAAGCCAGCAGUAUUUGGAAAACCACAUUACUUUCAAGGAUAUUAACCGAAGUACUAGACAAAGCUGUCUCUGUGGAUCCGGUUAUUUCCUGCCCAGACGUUAACGGAAACUGGGACUGCAGCGUCUUUGUGACUGCAACGUCAAAUGAAACAUUUGGAUUACUUCGUUACACAACUUUAGCUCUUAUUCCAACUCCUAAAAGAAAACUAAUCCCUUUUCGCCACCAGCAUCGACGCUAUCCAACAAUUUUAAAGAUAAGGAAGUGUUUUGAAAUUUCGAUCUGCAUAACUAUCUUUGCUCAGUUCCGUAGGCGCGCGCAAACUAUCACGUUUAUCGGAUUCGGUUCCGAUAUGAUUUGA